AUGCAGCCCAAGACAUCGUUCCUCGUGCUCAGCGCCAUCAGCGCAGCCUCUGCUCAGAGCGCAGACCCAACGGGAUGUAAUGAGGUCCAAAUCUUCAUUGCUGUCGGCCACGGCGAGACAUUUCCCGGCGGGCAGCAAUCCAUCGCCGAGCAAGUCUGUGCCGGCCGCUCGAGCUGCGCCUAUUCCAACAUCGACUACCCGGCUACUGCGGGUGGCGACUAUUGUCAAAUAGCCACCGACGCCAUCAACACGGCUGUGUCGGACAUCACGGACUAUGUGGCCGGCUGCCCCGACGCAAAAAUCGUGCUUUCCGGCUGGUCACAGGGCGGCUGGAUUGUCACCGACAUCAUUUCUGGCGGCGGUGGCCCGGGAGGGGGUGUAGCUGCUGGCUGUACGCAAGCGGACACAGCACCGCUGGACCCGACGACGUCACCCGGCAGCAACGUCGUCGCCGUAGCCGUCUACGGUGACCCCCGCCACACCGGCGGUCAAACCUUCAACGAAGGCACAGCUGCCGCAACGGACGGCGUCUGGCCCCGCGAAGGCGACCAGCUCGCGGCCCAGCAGCUCUGGGCGGAUAAGCUGCGCAGCUACUGCGCAGCUGGCGACCCGGCUUGCGCAAACGGCCAAGACUGGAAUGCACACGGCAGCUACUUUGGCGAUUAUGCUAGUACGCCGGCUGCGUGGAUCAAUUCUGUGAUUGAUGGGUCCGCUUGA